CUGUGUUUGUCUGCAGUGUGUUGUGAAAUGUGUGUUGUUUGUACGUCUGUGAAGUACUUAAUGGUUUUAGAAGCAAUAAUAAAGUUUACAAAUUGAUGAAUCAUAAUUUGGAGAAAAUGUUUAUACCGUAUUUAUACGAUGCUUGCGUGCGACUAUUCUGGACACAUUGUUCAGUGAGAUCAAAUUAAAUUUUUUAGCAGAGCAAGCGGAAUUCAUGAAGAUUAGACGUAAGCGAAAUGUGUAGUACAAUGCCCCUGACUCUCAGCUUUUGUAAGUGCUUCGUGGAGCUGGACGUCGUUCAUAUUCCAUUGGAUGGCUAUAGAAUUAGAGACGAGCGACUUCAUAGUCGCAGGCAGGUUAACAGUAAUGCGACGUUCAGGCAGCUGUAAACAGUUUCGUGUGUUUCACACAGAAAAAGCCCAUACGAAGUCCACAUAGAAAGGAAAAUUGCUUUCUAGCGGAAAUAUGUGUUUAAAAUAAAUCAAAUAAAUGGAGACUUUUGUUAAAAUAUAUCCUUUACUUUAUAUCUGUUUACCUCCGUGAGGCCUAAUUUGUGUUCAGGGCCUAUUUAAGUACAAAUAUCCCCACCGUUCAGGUAUUAAGUGCCAAAGCCUCACAGAGACAGUGUGCUAUGAUCAAUGUGACGUUAAGGCAGUCUGUUAAUAGCAUUUGUAAGAGCAGGACGAAAACUCGUCAGAAGCAAUGGUUGGCAGCUGGUGCAUCAAGUCUACAUUCCUGGUCAUCGCAUGCUUCUGCUUCGGGUUUCUGGGUGCCCACGUGCCACACAAGCUGCAAUGUGAGUUCUACAAUCGAUCAUCCUGCAUCAGCCAGGGCUUCGGCUGCGAUGCUGUCCAGGAGUGUGCAGUGCCGGACGCUGGGAAGAACAACUACUGCUACGUCGUCUGGAGCAACAACAGCUUGGGUGAAAUUGUCGUCUCCCUCAAGGGCUGCUUCUUGAGCAAUGUACAGUGCCAGAACCGGACGGAGUGUGUGGAGCAGAACGAAAACCCGAAUCACAAUGUGUUCUUCUGCUGCUGCGAGAGAGACCUCUGCAACCACAACUUUAGCUGGCAGCCGCAACCUGCACCACCUCGGCCCACUUCUUUCCCCCCAGUCACGACUCCCAGGAACAGCAGUAUGGUGAGCACAAUAGUCUGCACCAUCGUGCCAGUGGUCCUGCUGGCAGUAGCGAUUGCAGUGCUGUACUACGUCUACCGGCAGAGGAAUCUCAGCCACUUCAACGAGGUGCCAAUUGCAGAACCCCAUCCUCUGCCACAGCUGUCACCAAUUCUGGAUUUUCGCCCGAUUCAGUUGCUGGAGAUCAAAGCACGGGGUCGCUUCGGUGCUGUCUGGAAGGCACAGUACAAAAAUGAAACUGUUGCUGUCAAGAUCUUCCCACCUCAGGACAAGGAAUCGUGGGCAGCAGAAUACGAGGUAUACCGACUGCCGCGGAUUUCUCAUGAGGCGAUCCUGCAGUUUGUUGGUGUGGAGAAACGUGGAGACAACCUGCAGGCAGAGUACUGGCUCAUCACCGCCUUCCACGAGAGGGGCUCACUGUGCGACUACCUCAAGAGCAACCUCAUCACCUGGCCGGAGCUCUGCCGCAUUGCGGAAUCAAUGGCCAGGGGCCUUAUGCACCUGCAUGAAGAGAUCCCAUCCCCCAGGGGAGAUCUUCACAAGCCAGCUGUCGCGCACCGAGACUUCAAGUCGAAGAACGUUCUCCUCCGUGCUGAUCUCUCUGCGUGUGUUGCCGACUUUGGACUGGCACUGAUUUUUGUGCCUGGGAAACCCUGUGGAGACACUCACGGCCAGGUGGGAACGCGCCGCUACAUGGCACCGGAGGUACUCGAAGGCGCCAUAAACUUCUGCCGCGACUCGUUCCUGCGCAUCGACAUGUAUGCGUGUGGCCUGGUGCUGUGGGAAUUGGCGUCGCGGUGCACUGGCCCUGACGGCCCAGUUUCAGAGUAUCUAUUACCUUUUGAAGAGGAAGUCGGACAGCACCCAACUCUCGAAGACAUGCAAGAAUGCGUCGUACAGAAGAAAGUUCGCCCUUGCUUGCGUGAGCACUGGCGCAGUCACCCGGGCAUGGCUGUGCUUUGCGACACCAUAGAGGAAUGUUGGGACCAUGAUGCAGAAGCAAGGCUUUCUGCCAGCUGCGUCGUAGAGAGGCUUUCCAUGCAGGCGAGGUCAAUGUCCUGCACAAAAGAGCACAUUUAAUAAGUGGAUAACUUCUGUCACAAAUGCAGCCACUAUCGACAGUGUUCGAUGUUGGGGCGGUAAGUCUGCCGUCCACAAAUCUGUCUGGGAAAUGACGGACGUAUGAGGAGCGCGUAUUUUUGUCGAGCCGUGUGGGUAUUUGGAGAGCACCUCUCAUCAUCUCUCACGGUGCCACAGUUUUCUUCUCAUGAGUACGCCUCACCAGCCAAACACAGUAGUUCCUCUGAAUUUUCCUCUGUAAUUUAUGUAGCAAAGAUAAAGUCUGCCUUUGAAAGCUGCUCAGAUUAUUGCAGAUGUUUUGACCUCAUACAGGAGUGUUUCGGUGCUCCUCCGCACUGGAGAGUAUUGCUAGAGGUCAGAAGAGUUUCGUUGGGAUGUUUGCAGUGACUAUUUGUACCUCUUCUGUCAGUGACUUUGCUUGCUUUGUGGCUAUGCACCUAAACAUUAAAGCAGAGGAGACAGACCUGCUCUUAUAAUUGAACUUGGCACUUUGGAAAUUUAUGCUCAGUAGUAACUAUAUGUAUAUAUAUGUAUGUCUUAAUUAUUGCAGCAGGCAGGCAUAUAAUUUGUCUGAAAUAUUUAUGUUGCGGGGCAAAAAAGAGAGACAUAUUUUAGAAUGGCAGACCUGUGCAGGCACAAGGCUGCCAAAGUAAAGAAUUGGCCUAAAUUGUGGUCCAUGGCUAUCACCAGUUUCUUUUUUAAUAAUUGUGCGGAUGGUAAUUCACUGGUGCUAACGACAUAGAUUUUGAAGCUAAACAUUAGUGCCCUCUUUUAACACUGACGUAAAUUGAAUUGUUAUUCUCAUCAUCUCUCAUGUAGCCACUAAAAGGACGAGAACAGUAGCUUGUGUAUAGAAAUCCAAAAGAUAUAAAUGUUUGAUAUCUAGUGAAAGACAUUUUGUAUUGUUUAGUUUACUGAAUGUGUAUUAUGUGUACAGCAUACUGGCAAUAAUUUUUAACAUGUUCAUACAUGGAUUUUUCUCAGAAGGAUAUCAAUUUUAAAAAAAAAGAUCUUUAUAUGGAUGUUAUUUUUAAACACAGUUUUUGAAACAGUAACUUUCAAGGUUUGCAGGAAAUUAACCUUUAGUAUUUGCUCUAAAAAUUUUUCAAAACUCAUGUUUGCCUUACAACAUAGCGACGAAAUGCUUGUCGGGAAAGGAGAUGUGCCGUGACUACCAGCCUUUGAGACAUCAGCAGUGUAUUCUUGUAAAAUAUUGUCUAUGUAAAAUUUGUAGUGUGUAGUGUAAGUGGUUCUCAAUUAACCUCUGUUAUAUUAAAUGCUUUUGCAUUGGAGUGAUUGUUAUGUGUGUCGAGAGAGAUUUGAUGGUUGCAUACUUUUGUGCAAGAGUAGAUGCCACGUGUAUCCUUAUUAGUUAAUUUUCUUGUAUCAGGUUGUCUACUAUUAUGCAAAAUAAUUUUAGUGCUUUGAGUAACAAAUAUUUGGAGUUAUUUUAUUCAUUUAUUUGUGUAAAGGGAUCAUUGUCUUUUUAAUGAAGGUUUGUCUCAGAUUUUUUUUUAAUAUCAGGCAGCUUUGAGAGACAAGGUAUCCACCGUAAGAUUGUAAUUUGUAAGUAAUCAUCAUCAUUCUUUGCUGUUGCAUGUUUUCUGUCUGAGUAAGACUUACAAGUGGCUGUAAUCACUAGCAGAUGUCUAGAUGUGGAUAUAGACUAAAAUUCUUCAUGGAAGAAUAUGUAGAGAAGAUUUGUGUCAAACUCUGAACAACGGACUAAUAAUGGGUAUUAGUUUACAGAGAAAUGCUCAAGAUUUUCUGUAGGAUGUCUGUUGGGCAUUGGUGUUACUCUCUGCUCAAAAAACAACAACAACAACCACUACGAUUCUAUCUUAGUGUCAUUUUUCUGUUUGUUUCUGGCUUUGGCAAUUGCUUUUCUUCUUUAGUUUCUUCCUGCUAUUGCCUUAUGCAGUGGUGGGUUGUUUGUGAUAAGUACAUCUUGCUUUACAGACAUUUUAUGUUACAUAAAAUAGUUGGACAGCAUUCACAUCUUGUAAACUAUUAUGUGCUGUAGACAGUCUGAGGGGCAAUUUAUUAUUGUGGAACUUACUUUUCUCAGCAGAAGCUUGUAUGUGGUAACAGACUACAUCCGUGGUAACAGACAUCUUACAAAGAUGAUAAUGGUGUUCAAUGGGAGAAAAUUUCCAAAGGGCGUUAUUUCUGUUCUGCUAUGUUUUCAGGUAUAGGAAGAUCUUUAUUAUUAAAACACAGACAAAGCUAUGUUGUGAAAGAAAACAAUUCUUAGUCCUUAACUUAUUCAUACAAUACAAACCUGUGUCAUCUACAAGAUAGUUUUAUAAAGGUGGUGAUUAUCCAUGAAUGAAUGUUGGUCUCUCUAACUGUGGGUAAAUGUGUGUAUUUGAAUCAUUUGAGCUGUGACAGAGGCCUCAAGCCAUUAGUGAUAAAUGCUGACAGCAACAAAGAAAUUUGUAUAGUAACAUUAACCCUCAUAAUCUAACUCACUAUCAUGAAUGGCUCAUUUCAUACGAUCUACGUCUACAUCCGUGCUCCGCAAGCCACCCGACGGUGUGUGGCGCUACUGCGUUCAUGACCUGAGAAUGUUGUUUGCCAAGUUUUUAAUGUUUUUAUUAGAUGAGCAUAUAGGUUCUCAGCUUUAGAAGUUCGUUCCUCAUUACCAAAUAAAUGCGAGCCACUGGACAGCUCCACAGCCUUUAGUCACCCCCAUCGUCCCCCACCCCCACGUGCACCCCUUGCUUUGGGCUAGGACCACUGAUCACAAUAGCUUAUUUUGUAUCAUAGAGAAUGUGAAUGAAUGUUGUCCAUGGAAGUUGCAUUCUUUCAAAGACAAAUUAAUCAAGUAACGAAGGCUGGAUUUCACAUUGAAAAAAUUAUUGAAGAGUGAAACUUAUGUGGCUUGUACAGUUCACUCAUGUAACCCCUAAUCAACAAAUGGUCAUCAUCCAAAUACCAUUCACGGAAUUUCAUUCUGCAUGUUGAUAAAUGUGAGCUGAUCAUGUUAACGCCACAUUGGAGGUCAAUGUAACAGGUGGCACGGUAUGCUUAAUGUGAGCAUAGAAUAAUUUCCUGAAAGGCAGGUCAGUUGGAGGCUCGAGCCCAUUGGUGAUAGAUGGUACCACUCCCCCCCCACCUCCCCACCCCCCUCCCCCAGAUACUAAGAAAACGUUUCCUCUGUCUUCAUCACUACCAGGAUGAGGCAUAGAAGAUAGUGCCGUUCAUCUUUGACACGCAGGUCUAAGAACGGGGAUAUCAAAAUCCUUUAAAAAAAGCAGUUUGUAGCUUAGUGCCACUGCAAGGCAUUAGAAAACUGAAUCUAAUUUGGCAGUUUGUGCAUCAAUUUUGUGUAGCGGGCCCUUUAGUUGGCAUUAACAAAACAGAGUGAGUUUGUUUCAGGAAUUUCAACCUCAUAAAUAUUGAAUCUUGCCUCCUAAGGUUCAGACCUGUUAAAUUGGGAUCAUCAUGAAUGAGGAGAAUUUUGAAAUGAGUGUCAAGUUAGGUGUGUCCAGAGUGAAUAAUGAGUGAAUUGUCUGUCAAACUUGAAAUUUGCACUAUUUACUCAGUGUUUUGUUGUAGAAAUCUGUGAUGUUCUUUCAAAUCUCACUGCAAGUGAAAGUAUAUUUGUAGCAAUACAUCACCCGCCAGACACAUCCUGUUAAAUCAGAGCAAUGUGGUUUCUAAUAAUGAAAACAGUUUGACAGAAAUGCAAUGUACUUAGAGAUGGUAGCCUGGUGAUGUACAUCGCUGCUGGUGUCACAGUAGACAUAAGUGGGUAGAGCACGAGAUUUUGUAAUGUUGUAAGGUCAGUGGUUCUAUCUCCGUGUCCCACAUUGUUCCUCUUGACGAUUAUGCUUUGACAACUUUCCUGUUCCUCUGAACUCAGGUUUUCAUCCACAACUGAAGUUAACACUGGUGUGGUCUCGACGCAUCGAAUGGUGGUAAAGAAUGGCCGGUAUUUGAUUUUAGUAUUAUCCAUUAUUUUUUACAUUAAUGUGGUCUUUUAUUCAUCAUCUUUGUCAUGGCAUUGAAUGUUAGGAGCAAUGAACCCCAUGCCUAUAUUGUUUGCAAAUUUACACAAAUACUUACUGUAAUAGCUUGCACCCUAUAUCUUCCAUAUCAGAGUCUCUCUGCUUUUACUUUCUUUUUGUUAUCACAUCUCACAGUUUUAGUGAGUUGCUUUGUUAUAUCCCUUCUGAAUACGUUUCACAAUUCUACUCGUAAGGGACUGUAUAGAGAUAUUUCUUAAGUUCAUCGUAGCAUGAAAUCUAUGUUGAUGUUUAUAUAUUGUUAAGUGUUGAGUUCAUUCUCAUGUAAUCUUUAUUUUUUUUAUGUACUGAAAUUUUAGAAAGAUUGAUUAUACUAUCAUGCUCAGAGAGACACUAACAUACUUUUGACGCCAGUGUAAAUUGUUCAAGAUCAUUGUAAUUUGUAUGAAAAGAAUUUGAAUGUAUAUCUUGUAUCAAAAUGAUAAUUCAUACAAGGAAACUAUAAAAUUAUGAUUAUUUUAUUGUUUAUGAAUAUGUAUAUCAUGCAUUUUGUACUAGUAUUGUGUCCUUUUGUUUUACUUUACUGAAGUUGAAGGCUAUUCAUACAUAUUUUCAUGAACUAAACUGCCUGUCACAAACUUUGGUACAAAUGCAAAAGAUGUUUAUUUAUUAUCUGCCAGUCCAGUACAAGCCCCUCCAGAAAUAUACAAUACCUCUGUUACUUUCAUAUGUUAUGGAACCAUUCCACAUAAUUUUGUACAGUUGUGCAGUUCACAUAUAUUAAGUAAUUUGUGUCAGUAUAGGAGUACUUAAAAGCCUUCUACGUUCUGUGUGCUUGUAAUAAAUUAGGUGUGAUGGUUUUGAUCUCUCUCUCUCUCUCUCUCUCUCUCUCUCUCUCUCUCUCUCUCUGUGUGUGUGUGUGUGUGUGUGUGUGUGUGUGUGUGAGAAGUUGUAUGACCGUAUGAUGUUUUUAUUCUGUUUUGAAAUAGCACUGUUUCAGCUUUCAGCUACAACUGUAAGACAUAGUAUGCGUUUUCCGAUAAUAAAAAAAAAAAAAAGUUUCUACCUCCAGUUUCACCAUUCCAUCAGGCUACUUCUCUCGUUAUAGUGACAGUAACUGUUUAGUCUGCAGAUCCCACGAGGUAGCCAACUCGGGCCAAAAAACAGUCGGAUUGGUCCUCACCAACAGACCUUUCCUACCAGUUCCUUAUUAGUUUUUAAUUAUGCGCCAUCAGUGCAGGCUGCAAUCUACCUCUUAAAUUUGCUUCAAAGCCUCAAUAAUAGCCUUAAAUAUACAUAUUCAACCAUUAUAUUUUCUUGUAUCUGCACAACUUGAAUUGUUGAUUGUGCACUCUCAUAUUAUCAUGCUCCUGAAUCUAGGUUAUUGUGGGUAUUUAAUUUGUCUUUGUAUGACAAUUAAUUAAAAAAACCCUGCCCUACCCAUUUAUUUGAAGUUGUUUUUUGUAUUCCCACCUUCCUUUAGCCACAUAAAAAAUGUUUUCGUUUUUUUUUAGCACACAUGCACGCCCACAUACACGCACGCGCACACACACACACACACACACACACACACACACACACACACACACACACACACACAGAGUCUUAACCUUCAGAUUUAGAGGGUAGUGCAGUACCAGAGGAUGUGGACCCAGUGUAAGACUGUUUCGGAUAGUGGAGCUAUGUCAAGGGACUAAGCUUUAUCUUCCUCACUCAAUGCAGCCUGUAUAUUUAACGUCUUUGCUAUGAACUUAGCACAUACCCUUACCUGUGAACAAGUAACAUACUCCGCCCGAAGAAAUAGUUCUAAGUAGUACUCGUGCAGUGUAUCAGCCAUAGAGAACUCAAAUACAGAGCAGCAAAGUGAAGCACAGUAUUUGUGAGUGACUAUAAUGAGCCACUGCAUACAACAUUGUUCAUUUGAGCUUGGAAAUAACCAGGCACGAAACGCUAACAGCUUGAAAUCUCUGCCAGUCAGAACUAAGCAGCCGAGAAUUUGAGAGCAAGUGCAUGCCCUGCACCUAGUAUUCGCAGUGUUGUGUGUCGUCCAAUCCUGCCAGUUAAAUGUUAAAUGCUUAAAAUGAUUUUUUUUUCCAUUUAAAUUCAGAAGAUGAUAUAAGAAAAAUAGUAAGCUCUCAGGUACACAAGGGAAGCUUCAACUUACUGACUGAUGAAUUGGAAGCAAGUCUGUCAGGAGUUGACACGUAGGGGGAUGGGGGGGGGGGGGGGGGGGGGGGAGAGAUCGUUGGAUUGAUUACUUUUGAGACCUGAAAAUAGUCUGUUCUUCAGGUGAAUGAGAUUGGUAGGAAAUAUGGGAAAUUUAGAGAGACGUGAAAAAGUUGCGAAGUCAAAGUUCAUUGUUUCACUCACAAAAAAGUUAAUAUAUUAUUUUAAAUUCCUGUUUGUGUUUAUUUCUUCCCUUAUGGAGCAUAUUUAUGGUGGUCGUAGGUCCCCCUCUCUCUUUACUGCUUCAUCAUAUCUUUAGUGAGUAUUUCUAUUUUUUUUUUCCCUGCAGUAUAAUUAAUGGUGUAACAUACGGCAACUUUAUCAUGUAUUAUAACGCUUUUACAUAAUUUUUAAUGUUAAUCCAUUAAAAUGAAGUCCAUGCAGAUGUUAUUUGUUGUAAAACCAUUGCAGUGUUAAUUUCUGGCAUUGGACCUUAAAAAUUACUACUGUUAUUGCUGGUUUACUCAUGUAUGUAAGACAAGUGUACAUUAAUUUCAUUCCAUUGUUUCACUCUUGCACACUUUGGCUUACAGGAACACACACACACACACACACACACACACACACACACACACACACACAUUGCAGAUGGUGGUAAUACUCUGAAACUCACACCUGGAGGGCAAUUGCUCUGCACCUACCAGGCCGAGGAGACUGCUGAAAUGUGUGAGUGACAAAGGAAUAUUUGCUCAAGUAAACAGUUCAAUGGAAGAGGCUGGAAAGGCACCCGAGUUAUGUAGUGGUAAACAAGAGUUCCUAAGCAUUGAUGGUGCACUAAGAAUCUUCUCAGUUUUUGUGUAAUUAGUGGUACUAGCGAAUACCGUGUGUGGCACAUGCAUACCUUUACAACAUGAUAAAAACGGAUCCAUAAUUCUUUCACUAAACCCACAACACUUACUUAGCACUUACCUAAUUAUUAUUGGAAGAUUUGGAAGUGUGGUAAAUUGGUUAUAUGUAAACCUGUUUUUUGGCUCAGUUGGUUUUUCCAUGCAACUUGACUCACCGUGUGUUUGGUUUAGUGCUAUGAUGUCAAAAGGCUGUUUGUGUGUGUGUGUGUGUUUGUGUGUGUGUACUAUUUUUCUCAUGCAUUUGGUGCAUGUGGAAAAUGCAUUGAUGAUUUUAAUAUAGAGCUUUUACGUAUCUCAUGUAAAGUCGUUUGUAAGUUGGAUUCAGCCACAUUUUCUGCUAGAAUGGUGCAGAGGCAUUUUUUCCUGUUAAAAUAUAUGUCACAAGAGCAUGUACUGUAUAGCUGUAAUUUUUAUUAUCUUGCUCAAGAGAUGUUGUUAUGUACAUUGUAUACACAAAUAAUAGAUGGAUUUUUGAUAUGUCAUAACAUAUUUUAUGUCACACUGAAGAUAAAUACAAUUAAUUUAAUUUAUUUUGACAUUUACUGUCUACAGAAUAUAGCAUAAGGGUAUAUGAUCUGACUUCCAUAAUAUUUUGUCUUUUGUAAAAAAAAAAUUAAGAGGGAAAUAUUUGUAGUUGGCUUCUAGAAUAACGAAUGUGGGGGAUGUUUCUCACAUUGGAACUUUCUAAGAGUGUUUAUUAAUAACUCACUUGUAUCAUCAGAACUAUAUUUUUCUUAUGGUGUUAAUUGGUACAGUAGAUGUGUUCUCAGUGGACAGAGGUUUGUAGCACUGCAUUGUUUGGAAAUAUAUUCUCACUCCCUUUCUAUCUCUGUGUGUGACCCUUUUACAUAAUACCAUUACUUAUGUGGUGCCAUAACAACUAGGCUUGUGAAAAAGAUUCAACCAAGGGAGAAGAAAACUUUCUACCCGUUGCUGUUAAGAUUAAGGUAAAUGUGUUGCUGUGCUUUGUAUGACUGGCUCUUUCUUGGCAUGUGAUACACAUAUUAAUCUCAAUAUCUAUGUCAUCUUCGUAUAUGUGAAUACAAUUCUUCUUGCAAUACAUUGCUGUAUUAUCCCUGCCCACUAUUGUGUGUGUGUGUGUGUGUGUGUGUGUGUGGUGUGUGUGUGUGUGUGUGUGUAUUAUACACACAGUUGUAAGAGCUUCUUGUGCACACACUUACCUUGUUAGACAGAGUAAAAAUGUAAGUACAUAGUACAUUUAUACUUAUUUGUAUAUUCCUAUAAUCAGCAGUAAUGUACUGUAAUCAGUUACUAAAGUGUAGGACAUAGGUAUGUAUAAGAAUUAUUACAUUUGUGUUUGUGUGUGUCUGGAAAGGCUGUAGAGUAAUGUAGAAAUGCAAUUACACUAUUUGUCAGCAAAAUCAAGCACUGUGACCUAGGAACAAGGAAGAUGAUAUAGUUCCUGAAGCAAAUCUGUUUUAAAGAUAAUUAUGAUAGGCAAAGUUGUUUGUGCAUAUAUAUGUGUCCCGGUGUGUUGCCUUCCUUGCCAAGCAGAAGUCUCCUCAUCUUCUCAAUUAUAACUAACCAGUUCUCCGGAGGUGGGAUUGACUUUUUGAAGCUAUCAGUACAGUGGUGUAGCAAAUGAGCCCUCAUUUGCAAAUACUUGGCAAACAAAAAAUUUUAAGAAUUUCUUGUGAUCCACUAGAGGCUUAAAAAUAAGUGGCAUUCCAUAGCAAUGUCAUAGCCUUGUGCUGGUGUUGUUUGGUUGGUAACUGAUGGCUGUAGGUUCGGAUCCAGUCUGGUGUAAUCAAUCUUUUUGUCAACAUCUUUAUUGAAAUAAAUGCAAUCAUUGUGUUUAUUGAAUUAAUUGGAUUAAAUAUAACUUGGAUUACAAUAAAUUCUGUAAUUACUUUUUUGAUGGUUACUAGUAAAUGAAGGCACACCAGGGUGAGUGGUUGCAGGAUGUCUAUCUGGGAUGCUAACCUACACCACCAUAUACAUGGUUUCCAAAAGUCAAUAUCACCCCUGGAGACCUUACCUUGUUAUACACCUCAGAGACAAAGACUGAUCUGUAAUUUUUAUACUCUUCCACUGGCUUUCAGAUUUUUGUUACAAGAAGUUUGUUUGAUAUUUAGUUUCCCUGCUUAUAUUCACACACAGUAAAGCACAGAGCAAAAUGAGAAGUGGCGCCUACUAAGCAAGUUUAUUAUUUGUUUACUGCACAUUUCAGAAGUGGAAAUUGAUUUUUUCUUCAUUGAGUACUACAUGUGUGUGUCAUGAUAAUUCAGCGUGAAUUUUUAUAUACUGCAGUAUGUGCUUGGUAUCAUCUCAGGAAGAUAAGAAUGCAGCUUUCAAGCAUAAUUGCAAAACAAAAAUUAUGUCAACUUGGUGCAUAUUUAAAAUAAUGGAGUUACCAUUGGUUUUUUGUUUUCUCCUGUGGGGCAUUAAACUGGCUUUCUAUUAUCAAUACCAUGAGCCUGAAAUGUGUUGAAAAUGAACUUCAUACUGCCUGCACAAAUGACAGUAUUUCAUAUUAUUGAUGAGAUAAUCGAGCCUAUUCCAAAAUAGUAUAAAAGUAUGUUAUUGUGUAGGCCAAGAUGUCAGCAAUGGUGGUCUUACUGAGGUUGCCACUGAUGUAUUUGUACACAGCAGAUGAAAUUCAUAUUUUUCAGAAUUGUUAAAAUAGAUUGAUGGGCUGCUUACAUCAAUAACUAGAUCUCUGUUGUUUGACAGCAAUUUUAGUGAAUGUAUUUCUCCAAGUGAGUUUGUUGGAUAUAAUUAUACCACGUGUUUGCAGUGCUCUCCAUAAGGUUGGCUCAAGUUUUUCACGUUUGUUUUUGACACAAAGUUCACUGACAAAUAGUGUAAUGCAGAGCAUAUCCAGCUCACUGUAGUUAUUAAUGUAGUGUAGAAACAUAGAAUUGAGUUUCACAUAUAUGUACAUUAAGAACGUAAUCCUUGUAUUAACCUGUUCGGACAAAUUAAUUGGUUAAAAAAUUGUUUAUAUUCUGUCCCCCCUCCAUUGGUAGUGCUAUGUGGCACAUCCACGGUUGCUUGGAACCGGUGACAGAUUUCAGUGCCAGCCUUGAUGAAAUUCUCACCUGAAAAAAGUACAACAAUAAAAUAGAAGUGAAGUACGGACGGGAAUCGUCGUCGAGGUAUCCCUGGCACUAAGUUGCUGUAAUUGUGUUGGGCAUGUGUCAUUGUAAAAUAAAGUUGAGUAUCUAGCUGAAGAUGUUUGUUGCUGUAGAAAUUGCAGUCUUGGCAAAGGAAAAAGUGUCUUUUUAACAUUUGAUAAUACUCUGAGAAAUUGUGUCUGCAUAAUUCAAGAAUUAACACUGUGACCAAUAAAAAUAGUGUCUGCUGCUGUA